AAAUUUUUAUAGCUUGUGUACCAUUGUGACAUAUUUAAAAUCAAAAGAAACCAUAUACAUGUGUACAUGACAAAGUCCAAAAUGUCUGUUCUAAACUGGAUACUUUUUGUUGCUGUCUGUUUACUAAAUGAAGUUAUACCAGUCACAGCCAGCUACUGUUAUUACAGAAGUUACUACUCCAGAUACUAUUGUUAUUCCGGUUCAUCUUAUAUAACGGCUGGUGCUAUUCCCGGGAUAGUUGUUGGUUGCAUCAUCUUUGGAGUUAUAGUUUUUGUUGUUGUUGUGAUAGUAUGCAAGAAAACGAAAACCAGUGGGAAUAGAGGCACCGUUGUGCGUCCAACCGCAACCAUAACUACUGUACAUGCUCCACCUCCAGGACCAUCAUUUCCAAAUCAGCCAGCCGGGAUGAGUUAUCCCCCACCACCAGGACAGAAUAUGGCAUACCCGCCUCCUCAGGGACAGUUUGGUUACCCACAACCUCCUCCUCCCCAAGGACAAUUUGGUUACUCACAGCCUCCUCCUCCACCAGCUUACGGAGGUUACGGGGCACCACCACCGAAGUAUUGAAUAUGUUCCUCAAUCUAUUUUAAAAGGCUAAUUUUCGGAUUAAUAUUCACGGAGUUUAGACAUGUAAUAUCAAAUUACGUAUUUCAAAUGAUUACUGUUCUAUAAACGAAUAAAAAAAACUUGACUAACCAUAUCACUACAGAUGGUAACGUUCACGAUAUAAGGAAUAGUCACCAAAUGAUGUAAAUAAAUGAUAAUUCUUUUCUGACAA